AUGCCGGCAGCCGUCGAAGUAGAAAACCUUCCGGCUGUAGAGCCUACACCACCGCCACCACCACCAGAAGAAAAAACUGAGGAUGACAGAGUUUACACAAGGCCUGUAAUUGGUAUUAUUUACCCACCACCUGAAGUGAGGAACAUUGUUGACAAAACAGCUAGUUUUGUGGCACGCAACGGGCCCGAGUUUGAGAGUCGAAUUCGACAAAACGAGGUAAAUAAUCCCAAAUUUAAUUUCUUGAACCCCGCUGAUCCUUAUCAUGCAUACUACCAGCACAAAGUUAAAGAAUUUAAAGAGGGUAAAGGCCAAGAACCUACGGUUGCUAAACCCUCACCAGCAUCCAUGGCCAUUAAACCCGUGUCUGAACCCAUUAAAACAAUUGAACCGAUUGUUCCAAAAGAUCCCCCACCCGAAUUUGAAUUUACUGCUGAUCCACCCUCGAUCUCGGCUUUCGAUCUUGAUGUCGUAAAGCUAACCGCGCAGUUUGUAGCCAGGAACGGACGUCAGUUUUUAACGAAUCUCAUGAACAGAGAACAGCGAAAUUACCAAUUUGAUUUUUUACGACCACAGCACAGUUUGUUCAAUUAUUUCACUAAAUUGGUUGAGCAGUACACAAAAAUUUUAAUCCCGCCAAAAGACCUGAUCAAUAAGCUGAAGAAGGAAUCGCAGAGUAUCAAACAUACUUUGGAUCAAGUUAAGUACCGUGUAGAAUGGGCCAAAUUCCAGGAACGAGAAAGACGCAAAGAAGAAGAUGCCCUAGAGAAAGAGCGUAUUGCUUAUGCCCAGAUUGACUGGCAUGAUUUUGUUGUAGUUGAAACUGUGGAUUUUCAGUCGAGUGAGAUGGGCAAUCUCCCCUCACCAACCACACCUGAAGAAGUUGGAGCACGUGUUAUCCAACAGGAGCGUUAUGAUAAAGGUGAGAACACUGCGGAUGUUGCCAUGGAAGUAGAGUCGGAUGACGAAGACAGUGAGGACAUAGUUAUUGAGAAGGGCAAACCGCAGAAGGAUAUGCUACAUCAUGGCGAUAAAAACAAGUUGGCACCUCCUGCGCCACCGCCAUCACUGCCGUUGCCACCUCAAGUUCACCCAGCUCCUCCAUCAGAUAACAACCAAGUUCUGGACAUGGAAGAAGCAUCGGAUGAUGAAAGUGAUGAAGAUGAUAAACUGGAAAAGAUAAAACCGCCUCAGCCUCCUCCACCACCACCCAGUGAGAUACCCCAACCACCACCACCACUGCCACCAACCCCAGAUCAAGUCAUUGUACGCAAAGAUUACAAUCCAAAAGCUCGGACCAUUUCAGCUGAACCCAACCCUGAUUCCUUCAUGGUAUCACCAAUCACAGGGGAGAAAAUCCCCACGCACAAGGUGCCUGAGCAUAUGCGAAUUGGUUUGCUUGACCGCAAGUGGAUUGAGGAACGUAACCGCACAAUUGCUGAAAAACGGGAACAAGAAGAAGUUUAUGCACCAGGUUCUGCUAUUGGCAGCAGUUUGAGACAGCUGGCCGAACGACGUACAGAUAUUUUCGGUAUUGGUGCUGAGGAAACCCAGAUUGGUAAGAAGAUUGGCGAGGAAGAGAAGAAGGAGAAGAAAGUGGUGUGGGAUGGUCACACUGCAUCUAUGGAGAAGGUCACCCAGAAAGCUCGUGAGAACAUCACCAUUGAAGAACAAAUUGCUGUUAUUCACAAGGUUAAAGGUUUGCUACCUGAUGAAGAAAAAGAAAAGAUUGGUCCAGCUAUGCCCAAGCCUACAGUUCCUAAGACAACACAACCAAUUCCACCUCUGCCACCAGCCACUUUACAACCAAGUAUGAUGAAAGUGCAACCACCUCCACCUCCCCCAGUGCAGCAGAGCCGGCCCCCUAGCAUGCCACCUAUGCCCCGCCCACCCAUGCCACAAAAUAUGGUUCUCCUUCCGCCCCGUCCACCACCAACAGCUAUCGGAAAUGUGCUUGGAAUCACAUCACAGCGAGCCCCUCAGCCGCCAACACAACCACCGGUGCCAGUACCACGGAGCCAACCUCAGGACUAUGGUGUGCCACCUCCUCCGCAAGAAGAAGAGCCACAACCACCCCCUACAAAGCGCCAAAAAACAGAAGACUCCCUCAUUCCAGAGGAAGAGUAUCUGCGCUCGCAUAAGAAUCCCAUUUUGGUUAAAGUUAUGGUUCCAAAUGUUCCAGACAAAUCAGAAUGGAAUCUCAAUGGACAGGUGCUCAACUUCACAUUGCCACUUACAGAUUCUGUAUCUGUGAUCAAGGCUAAGUUGAAUGAAGCACUCAACAUGCCAGCAGGAAAACAGAAAUUGCAGUAUGAGGGCAUUUUUGUGAAAGAUUCCAACACACUGGCUUAUUACAACUUACCUCAUGGGGCUGUCAUCAACCUGCAACUCAAAGAGAGGGGUGGCCGAAAGAAAUAA